GCCGCCGCCGCGCACUGCCCGGCCCUAGCCGCCCGUGCUGCCUCCCCGGCCGUCCGCACCGAGAGCGCCGCGGCAGCUCCAGCCCGGACGCCGGCCCGAGCGCCCCGCAGACGGGCGGGCGGCCGUGGACGCGCGGCCAGCAGCCCGCAGCAUGGAUUCGGAUUCCGGCGAGCAGAGCGAGGGCGAGCCCGUGACCGCCUCAGGUCCUGAUGUUUUUAGUUCAAAGAGCCUUGCCCUUCAAGCCCAGAAGAAGAUUCUGAGCAAAAUAGCCAGCAAAACCAUGGCCAACAUGUUGAUUGAUGACACCAGCAGUGAGAUCUUUGAUGAGCUCUACAAAGUCACCAAAGAGCACACCCACAACAAGAAGGAAGCCCACAAGAUCAUGAAAGACUUAAUCAAGGUGGCAAUCAAAAUUGGGAUCCUCUACCGGAACAACCAGUUCAGCCAGGAGGAGGUUGUUAUCGUGGAGAAGUUCAGGAAGAAGCUGAACCAGACCGCCAUGACCAUUGUCAGCUUCUAUGAGGUGGAAUACACCUUCGAUAAGAACGUGCUCUCCAAGCUCCUACAUGAGUGCAAGGACCUGGUGCAUGAACUGGUGCAGCGACACCUGACGCCCAGGACCCACGGGCGCAUCAACCAUGUCUUCAACCACUUUGCUGAUGUGGAGUUCCUCUCCACCCUUUAUAGUCUGGAUGGAGACUGUAGGGCCAACCUCAAGAGGAUCUGUGAAGGAAUCAAUAAAUUGCUAGAUGAGAAAGUCCUUUGAAUGUCUUCCCUCCUCUUGGACUUUGCUGCAUUCAAGUUACAGCAUCCAACGUGGUCUCAGUGAGAGUCAAGAAAACAAGAAGGAACCCUUGUCAAAGAUGCCCAUGUUCUGUCCUGUUCAUUCCUCUGGUGUUGAUGCCGAAUUGAGUUCAAUUGUGUUUAUCCCCUGAGCUCACUGAUGAGGUCUGUACUUAAAAUCACCUUUGUUUGCAAGCCCAAAAGACAUUUCAUCUACUCUAAGCAGAAAGGCUGCUCUGCUCAUCAAGUGAGCUCAGUCCAUCUUGUGGAGUGGGAGGAGCCCUGGACCAGGAGUUGGAGGACAUGGAUUUGGUUCCCAGCUCCACCACUCUGUCCUCUAGAUCCUGGAACCAUCAUUCCUGCCUGCCUGCCUCCCAGGGCUGCUGUGAGGAUCGAUGAGAUGAUGUAUAUUCAUGCUUUCGAAAAUGCUAAUAUAAGGUCUUAGUAUUUUCUCUUCGGAGUGUGGAUCUGUUCAACCUGAAUCCAGAUGAUCAAGCAGCAGAGAAGAAAAGAAUAAUAGUCUCUGAUGGGCUGGGUUUGCAAUCUGUCUGUAGAUGUGCUGUUUCAAACAAAACAAAAAUGAAUCAAAAGGUGUGAAAAAGUAUAGCUACAAAUUGGAAAAAUGUUUUUCAAGAGUUGUGUUUUUUAAGUUUAUGAUCCUACAGAGGGAACCUUCUGGGAGGGUGGAGAGUUUCCCACCCAUAAUGUAGAAGCAGAGAAUUGUGCUCCCCCUGCGGGACGGGCCUUCCCCCAUGGAAGGGGCAUUAUCCGUGAGGCAUGGGGAGGAUUUAUCCCAGCAUGCACAGGAGAGUCAGGCAGAACGAAGCCCUAACUGUCUUUCUUGGCCUUCCACAGUCAUUUUGUGCUGUUUUCUCUGGUUCAUUAAUAAAUUGAAACUACCCUUCAAACAA